AUGUCUCCUGUCAAGAUCUUAUUCAGUCCAGAAGCGUACCCUCAUGGGUAUCCACCAAUUCUCGAAAAUAUCACGCAGGAUAAUGUCUAUAGUUGGACACCUUUACUCCAGCACAAAUGCUCAUUUCCAACAGAGAUCUUCUCACAGGUUAUGUUGAAUUUGAUACGAAACCCGAACAUCAACUCGAAUUACCUUUUUCGAGCUGAUAUAUCUUUGGAACAGUUGUUGGAUGAGAGCUUCCAGAAUGAUACUACGAUUCCUGCGAGGAUCAUUCAAUUUCGCAACUACACUCUACAGAAAGUUAUGGUAAGAACUAUGAUACCGAGAAAUACUCUAAAAGAUAGGCCACUCGAUCAAACAUGUCUCUUCUACCAACAUACUACAGAUACUGAUACUGGGAACAUUCAAUCUUUGGUCAUAUAUCUCCCUCAUAUAUCCUCUCCUGACGAGUCACCAUUCUAUCACCCUAAAGUCUAUGGAAUUGCUUUCCAGCAUACUUUCAAUCCUGAAACGCAAGACGGAAUGAUUGCAAUACAUUAUGCAUUCUUCGACUCCGAACCCCGCACUCAAAAACUUGAAAGAACAGCUGAGCAUUUACUAGCUGCUCUAUACAAGCACGGACAAGGGACUGCCGCAGGAUAUGUCAAGAAGGUUCAUCAUGAUACCAUUAUACCCCAAGCUAUUGUCCAGAAUACAUAUGCUAGACUCAAGGUUAAGUAUGCAAAGACUUUGAUUGAAAAUUGGGCUGAGUCGACUAAUCCUGAAAAGCAUGUUUUCGAGGAUCUGAAUAUUGCAGCAUUCCUCAUCGAACUUUGGGCCGAUACUUAUAAAGACACUGAAUUUCCAGGUUAUGUUGACAUUGGCUGUGGGAAUGGACUGCUUGUUCACAUUUUGUCUGAGGAAGGUUAUAAAGGUUGGGGAUUCGAUGCUAGAGAACGAAAAUCAUGGAGUGUGUUCGGGUCAAAAACGCGAGAUAAACUAGAAGAACUUGUCUUGAUACCCUCGAUUCUAUAUUCGGAGCCAAAUGAAAAUCAAACCUCAGGACCAGAUAUUCAUGAUGGAACGUUUCCUAAGGGAACAUUCAUCAUCUCAAAUCACGCCGAUGAGUUAACUCCAUGGACACCUAUCCUUGCCAAUAUCUCCCAAUCUCCAUUUAUGAUGAUUCCAUGUUGUAGCCAUGCUCUGAGCGGUGCAAGAUGUAGAGCACCGCCACCCAAAGGAUCUGAAGGUACACCGUCGGCUUACGCUUCUCUCGUUGCAUGGGUUGCGGGACUCGCUGAAGGAUGUGGAUGGGAAGUUGAGAAGGAAUGGCUACGAAUACCCAGUACGAGAAAUGCAGCUUUGAUUGGACGAAGACGAAAGCUAGAUUACGAAGAGAUCGAUGUGGGAGAUUUUGUCGUUGCACACGGUGGAGCUGCAGGCUGGAAGGAUAAUGCAAUGAAGUUGGUGACGGGGAAAGCAAAAAAUCAUUGA